AUGGCCGACAAGCUCCGCACGCAGCAACAGCUCGAAUCGCUGCAGAACAAAUAUAUCGGCACGGGCCACGCCGACACGACCAAGCACGAGUGGACCUCUAACAUCGCCCGUGACAGCUAUGCGAGCUAUCAGGGUCACCCACCGCUGUUGCAUUACAUGAGCAUUGGCACGGGCCAGUGCAUGGAGCGGACGCGGAUGGCUUGUAUGGAGGGGAUGGUGUUGCCGGUCGGGCCAGCACCGCAGACGGAGGACUGA